AUGAAGGCCAAAGUACGAAUUUUAAUAAAAAGGGAUAAUGACCACAUUGCUGACCUUGAACUUCAGAGGGCUGGCGUCGCCCCCGCCGGCGAGGGGCUGCGCUAUGCCGAGUACGUGCCGCCCUCGGCCAAACGGCCCGACGCCGAGAUCGACCACGGCCUGGCAAGAAGUUUGAUAGCUGUAGGAUUGGGUGUUGCAGCUUUUGCAUUUGCAGGUCGCUAUGCAUUUCAGAUCUGGAAACCUUUAGAACAAGUAAUCACAGAAGCAACAAGAAAGAUUUCAACUCCUAGCUUUUCAUCCUACUAUAAAGGAGGAUUUGAACAGAAAAUGAGUAGGCGAGAAGCUAGUCUUAUUUUAGGUGUAAGCCCAUCUGCUGGUAAGGCCAAGAUUAGAACAGCUCACAGGAGAAUCAUGAUUUUGAAUCACCCAGAUAAAGGAGGAUCACCUUACCUAGCUACUAAAAUAAACGAAGCAAAAGAUUUGUUAGAAGCAACCACCAAGCAUUGAUUGAUGCUGAAGAAUUAUACUGAAGGAAACAAAAGAGGACACUGAAAGGAAAAAAGAUGUGCAAAUUAGUCUAAAAUAUGUAUGUUGACCAGACUUUUCUUUUGGCAUUAAGCUCUAUAGCAAUAAAAUAUUGAUAGCCUUGUUAUGUCAGUCCUAAAUCCAGUAUGACCAUCAGAAAUGCAAUUGAGAUUUCUGAGCAAUGAGUAGAAAUUUUCUUACUGUUUUAUGUUUGUGCCCUCAUUUUUUCUUGUUUCUCCAUAGGAAUGGGCUUUGCCUAACUAAGGUCCUCAAAUCAAAUACUUGCUGCCAUCUCAUGGGGAAAUUACUUGAAAACAGUGGAAUUUACUAAAAGGUGUUCUGUAAAAUAGUAGUUAGAACUUGAAGAAUGCUGCUGUCAUACCCUCAGCUGAAGCAUGAGAACGUGGAGAGCUAUUAAAAUGAUGGAAACAUUACCAAAAUAAGGCUAAAAAGAACUGGGGAAAGCUGACUAUAGUCUUCUAGCACUGUAUAUUUAUUCCACCUAUGAUGUGUAAAGCACCAUGUGAGUCCUCUGAGAGUUAAAAAUAUGAGCCAGUCAUGGAUCCUGACCCAAAAGAUCUUAUAUUUAGAGGAAGGGUUAAGCAUGUAGGUAGAGAGGUACAGAUAAGUUAAACAACAAAGUAACUUAAAAUGAGUGCAUGGUAGGAGGAGGGGGAGUCUUCAUGGAGUAAUUAGCAUCGCGCUAGGCUUUAAGAAAAAAUAAGAUACCACUAUGGUUGAGUCACUAUUUCUGAACAGAAUUAAUAGAAAUGGAUCUUAUCCAUUAGCAUGAUUAGGGUAUAAAAGUAUUUUAUACUUUUAUAAAUGUAUAAAUGUAUUAAAAGGUAGGAAUGGACAAAAGUGGUCAUGAAAGGCCAGCAUUAAGUUGCUUUCUCCAAAGGUGAGAAAACAGAUUCAGAAGGAAGUGCAACAUUUCCCAAUAUCUUAGAAAUCCUGGGCUCAGUCCAGGGAAACAGAAUGACUAUUUCACCUAAAAAUAUGUAUUAACGUCCUAGAUGCAAUUUCAACUUACACCAUCUCAUAAUUUAGGAGUUCUCAAGCUUUGCACUGUUGACAUGUGGGCUUGAUAAUUCUUGGGGUGCUCUCUUGUGCAUUGUAUAUGAUUAGCAACAUGUUUGGCCUAUUAACAACUAGAUUAGUACAGGUUACAUAUCCACCACCAAAAAUGCUUGAAACUGAAGCCCUUUAGAUUUCUAAUUCAUCAAUAAUCAUCUAUACAUACUGUGAUAUUAGAGAUGGGAUGCUUUGGAAAAAAUACAUGCACUGAAUAAACCUAAGAAAAUUAAA